AUGCUGGGCCCUCGGGAGCGAGGGCAGAGCGCAGCCUCCAGCCCGCUGAGUGUCCCUCAGCAAGCCGAGCCCCUGGGAGCUCGCGCGCUGGGGACGGGAGAAGAAGGGAGCGGGAAGCAAAGCGGCAGCAGCUACACCCGGGCGCUCUGCCAGCGAGGCACCAGCAGGGCCCAGCGGCCUCGGCAGGAGGCCGCCGCGCCGCCGCUGGAGCCGGGUCCCGGACCGCCUGAGCGGGCAGGGGGCGGUGGCGCGGCGCGCUGGGUCAGGCUGAACGUGGGCGGCACCUACUUCGUGACCACCAGGCAGACCCUAGGCCGGGAGCCCAAGUCUUUCCUCUGCCGCCUUUGCUGCCAGGAGGACCCGGAGCUGGACUCGGACAAGGACGAGACAGGGGCCUAUCUGAUUGACAGGGACCCCACCUACUUUGGUCCUAUCCUAAACUACCUCCGCCAUGGGAAACUCAUCAUUACGAAGGAGUUAGCAGAAGAAGGUGUGCUGGAAGAAGCGGAGUUUUACAACAUUGCGUCUCUUGUGCGCCUGGUUAAGGAAAGGAUACGGGACAAUGAGAACAGAACUUCACAAGGGCCCGUGAAGCACGUGUACAGAGUCCUGCAGUGCCAAGAAGAGGAGCUUACCCAGAUGGUCUCCACUAUGUCUGAUGGUUGGAAAUUCGAGCAGCUAAUCAGCAUUGGAUCUUCCUAUAACUAUGGCAAUGAGGAUCAGGCAGAAUUCCUCUGUGUUGUCUCCAGAGAACUAAAUAAUUCUACCAAUGGCAUUGUCAUAGAGCCGAGUGAAAAGGCAAAGAUUCUUCAGGAGAGAGGAUCUCGGAUGUAAACCAGAAUCCUAAACAUCAAGAGAGCAACAGCAGAGCACCUCUCUGAAGUUAAAUCUUGCUCCUGUACAGUAACCGAGCUACUGCAAAGCAAAGCUGAGCCUGGCCCCUCAGUGGAAAAGUGUUCUGGUCAAAACCAAAGGAACCCCCAACCCCCCGCACACACACACAGGAACCCGAAGACAGAUAUACCUUCUGGCUGCAGAAUACCUUUUCACAAACCUCCUGUUGUUUUCUUAGCUAGUGUUAUAACAAAUCUUUAUAGCAGCAGCUGGGCUGGGUUCCCAGUUGGAGCCCUUAUGGGGAUCUGGGGAAGGGGAAAAGGAAGGCCUGGCUCCUUGCACAUGCCUACUUCAAGGAAGCUGGAGUAAAUGGAAGAGGAUUGUCCCUGAGCUGUGCCAUGUUUUCACCUGAGUACGCCAUGGACGCUGGCAGCCAUUUGCACACUCUUUCCCCUCCUUCUAUGCAUCCCAGACUAAUGCAGCAGAUGCAAGGGGUUCUAGCUUCAGUUUAUCGAAUUGAAUUGAGGUUUGGGAUAAAGGGUAGAGUUGCCAGAGUACUCCACAUUGCUGUGAACAAAGCUCUUUGAGGAAGGGGAGGAUGAGCUUUCCUUGGCUGUGGGUGGAGGUUGGGAAUCGUUGAUCUGGAUUCAUGGCACUUGGUUGCUACCGGGUUCAGCUUUGCCUCAUUUGUCUCCAGCAGCGUAGAGCCUCCAGAUAGCUUGCUUUCUCCCCGAGAAGAGGUUUGAGGCAGACGGCAUCCUGCACUGAAUCAGACAGACAGACAGAUGGGAGCUUUAGGUAGUUGGUGUAACUGCUUCUGCAGCCUUUUCUUACCCUUCAUUAGCUCAUCUUCCUCCCCUGACUUUUUAAACUGGUCCGAGGAUAAAGGGACUUUGGACCCUCUGAUGGCAUGGGGUGGGGACGGCUGUUUCUUUGAAAGUUGCCAAAUGUGUUAUGUUGUAGUAUCCAAAAGUGGUGUUAUUUCUGUGAUUGUCUCUUGAAAAUGCCUUGACUGAACAUGCGAUAUUUGUUUGUGUCUCUUCUUGGUUUCUAACCUUGGCAAACCUGCCCCGCAGCCAUGUCUAUGACCCCACACUAUCCCCAGUAGUCUGUAUGUGUUUGCUGGGCAGUCUGAGGACUCCCUGCAUCUCUGAUCCCACCCCUCACCAUCACUUCUUUCUAUGGAAUGCUGUGUCAUCGGGGAUCAAACGCUUGUUUGACAAGGGGGAGCAAAGCCCUCCUUUGGGCUGUGACCACACAGCUUGUAUCUGGACCUUUUCUCUGAGAUCUUGAGUCUCGGUGAGCACUCGUCGAAUGCAAAGGAGCCGGAGAAUCCUUAUUUUUCCCUAGAUGACUUUCAGAGUGUGGCACAUGGUCCAGAGAAGGGGAAGGUGCCCCUGGGGAAUGCUCCAUCUAUAAAAACGACCUCAAGCCAUUUGUUCCUGGGUCCCUUCACAGUUGAGGUUCUCUGCUCCACAGCUCAACUGCUUACUGCGUGGGUCUAGGGUCAUAAUUUUCGGAAAUAACUAUUGACCGUGCCAAAUGUCUUUUGAGCUUGUGACCUCCCCACGCCCAGAUGGCGUAACUCUUCUCCAGGAUUCUCACUUUGACCUUAUUUCUCUGUGUGUAGAGUAGGAUAGAAAUGUGUGUGGGGGUGUCUGCUGAAACACGUGUGUCUGCGCACCGUGAGCGUGCAUGGUGGCACCUCUGAAGUCUGGCCCAUGCCCAGGAUUUUUACAGCUGUGAAAUAUUAGAGGAACUUCUGCCUACAAUCAAAGCAGUCACCUUUUCAAAAAGGUCGCAGGCAUCCAUCCUGUCUUUCAGGGAGAAGAAAAAAAGAUUUGAGCGUAUCAAGCUGCUCUGACCAGAGUAGGAGAGAGGACUUUGGAAGAGGUGUUCUUUGGCCAAUUCAAAUAAGUAAUGUCAGACCGAAGGAAGAAAAGCACCUUCAUUUGGGGCCUCAUGCCCAAUCAAAUUUCCUGGGGCGUGAUGCCUGAUAAUCAGCCUCUGGUCCCAAGCCAGCAAGAAGGUGAGAAGAGGGCUGGAGGGUAGACAUGGGCAAGCCCCUCAGGAGUGCAUUGUUACCUUCGUUUCUCUUUUCGGAAUUCCACAGCGGAUCCUGUAAAAAGACUCCUGAGCCCCUUGCUAAGUGUUCUAGCCUUGCUAAGUCUGAGGAGCAGACAUAGUGAUAUUUCUGCUCUUCUAGAGCGCUAGCUUUCACCACGUUUCCCUCCUCAUGGUACCCGAGUGACAAUUUAAAUUUUUCCAGUGCUCCAGAAAUCAGGAUGAUUCAUUUCCUAAGGUUUCUGGAAAAGUAUUUUACCCAAGCCCUUUAUGAACCAAGGUGGUGUUUUUUCUUGAAAGCCUUACCCCCCUGGGGUAGUCUGGCUGAUAACUUCAGAGAGAGGUCUGGCAUUGGUUUGGGGGUAUCACAUGACCAGUGACCCACACUCUCUCCAGCUGCCCAGUGCUGCCAAGCGGGGAGUGUCUUCCUGCUUCCUUCUCUGCCCACAUCUGAGGCCCAGGGCGAUGCAGGCCAGGCCCAGGAGCAGCCUGGCAUCUCCUGAGUGACGACACAGUAGUGCACUUCUGUCUUUUCCUCAGAACCUGCUCUUUUUCCUUGGCAGUGAGGUGGGGCCCAACCUCCUCUAGAGUGACUUCAUUUCUGCACAGUUAACUGAUCUCAGGGGUGUCAGCGAGAUGUAGGGGAGGAAGGAACAGAUGCUGAGGGAGUAGGGCUGAGAGGACACCCACACCCUCCAGCAUGGCCUUUGAUCCAGACGUUAGGGACCAUGCCUAUCACUUGUGGGUGCCUUUUGUUACCGUUUGUGUGUUUGCAUAAAGUGAAAUGCUGUGACCUUUUUUUUUGUCAAUAAAGACAUGAAACAAACUU